ACAACUAGCUAACAGUACAACAGUAACACGACUCCAUCACUUUUCUACCGCCGUUUUUCACCGUUUAACGGAUCUCAGACGGAGCUCUACAGCCCCUGGAACCCUAACUUGGAGACUGGGCUCGGAAAAGACUUUCAAGCUGCAUUCCUCACCCAUUGAGCCAUUAUUGCUUCUGGAUGUUGAGGAGGCAGUGGAGCUCUGGGUUUUGUGUUGCUGCCCCCCGCUGCACGCGCGCCCUGGCUGGGACGGCUCCUCGGCCCUGGACCCUGAGCCCCAGCAGCGGCUGGGCGGGACAGGGCGCAGGCAGAGCGCCAUGGUAACGCACAGCAGGUUUGACGGCGCCAUGAGCAGCAGCCCCUACCAAGGCGGAGUGCGCCUGUCCCCCCACCGCUUCAAGACCUUCAGCUCCGGGGCACAGUACGAGAUGGUGCUGGCGGCCGUGCACAAACUGAAGGAGAGUGGCUUCUACUGGAACGCCGUGAGUGGCAAGGAGGCCAGCUCCCUGCUGAGCGAGCAGCCCCCAGGCACCUUCCUGGUACGAGACAGCUCGGACCACCACCACUUCUUCACCCUGAGUGUGAAGACGGCCACGGGCACCAAGAACUUGCGCAUCCAGUGCGAUGCCUGCUCCUUCUUCCUGCAGACAGACCCCCGGAGCUCGCAGGCUGUGCCACGGUUUGAUUGUGUCUUGAAACUCAUACAUCAUUACAUGCCCUGUGCUCGAGGAACAGACGCAACCACAUCUGCAGUCCAGGCUGAAGGGGAAAGCGUUGAUUGCAGCAGUGGAGUGGAUGGGAGUGCAUACUACAUCUACUCUGGAGAGGAGAAGAUUCCUUUGCAGCUGCUCCGGCCCUUGGCCUCCGGCAUGUCCAGCCUGCAGCACCUCUGCCGCAGGACACUUAACGGACACAUAGAUGUAUCUGCUAAGCGCGAUCAGCUGCCUCAGACGCUUCAAGAGUUCCUCCAGGACUAUGAUGCACCCAUCUAAAUAGCCAGCGCGUGCUGCUGCAGACCAUAUGUGCAGAACUGUGAGGGCAAUGAUGGAAUAGACCAGCAAAAGCCCAUGAAAAGAUCAUGGAGAGCAUUUGAGCAGUGCUAAAAGCCCUAGAGUUUAAUAAUAAGGGUGUAAGUACAUUGCUCCAAAAAGCUCUUGGCAUCUAUCAGUAUUGCAGGCCGGCCGUGGCCUACUGUGCCUUUGACCUCUGUAGUGUAAACUGUGGGCAUUGGGUUGCUGUGUGUGAUGGACACACGGACAGCACAAGUGUGUAUGAACUGUUGAACUGACAGCAGAGGAGUCAUGGACAUGAGUGAAAACAGAUUGUACGGUCGUCGUCUUAUAGCCCCCAGCGUUUUUUGUUCUCAGAUUGGUUUUGGAAACUCAUACCCUGUUGAAGAUCAAUGUGACAGGAUGGGUAGUACAAGAGUUAAGUGUGCUGCUAUGGCUGAGUUCCAGCCUUCUGCCAUAGGAAAAGCUCCCGCACACCUUUUCAUCCCUCGUUAACAUUUUGACUCUGCUAGAAGCAGACCUCUGGCUGUCUGUGUUUGAGGGAAUGCACAGAGCCGGGUGUUUGCAAUGACAUAUACGUUUCCACUGGGGUUUGCCAAGCAUAAUCGCCUCAUGAGUAGGCACGGUGAAGUGAACACAACUACUACUCACUACAGACACCGCUGUGUCAACAGUGGCCACUACGUGGGGUCACAACACAAGACUGAUGUUUCAAAAUGCAUCAAUAUCGAAGGAUCAAAGCAGACAGGAGAGGCCUGUUACAACAGGCGAUUUCAGCCUCUUACCUUACACUUCUCUCUGAAGGAAAACUCGGUGGACUGUUGUAACUUUGUUUUCGACAGGAACCAAGGUAAACAUUUUUUAGUUUUGCUGGAAAAUGGCAGACAAUUCUAGAACAACACGCUGCUGUUGAAAUUAUAAUACAACACAAACUUCCAAGAGCUGACAGUUCACAUACUGUGAAGCAGAGCCAAGCACAGUAUGCAAGACGCUUACUUACAGGUCCUGGAGUUUGACAUGGAGGAUUGUGUUCCUCUAAAAGCAGAGGCGUUCGUUCUGUACUGUAUGUGCUAAGAAGUAAUCAGACUUGCCUCAUAACCCUCAUCCAAUAACAAUGACGUAGUGUUUCUUUCAGCAGGACAUGCUCUCUACAAUUAAAUGAAUGUAUUGUGAGUCAAUGUAAGGGCUUAUGGUUCCCCUUGUAGUUCUUGCUUUUUUUGUACUUUGUCCAACAGCGACAAUGUUUACAUGUGUCACCACAAGAGGACAACAUGUUUUGUACUCUGUCUUUUAUAAAGAUGCGGGAUCUUAAGGUCUAGUCUAAUGACCUACAGUGCAAGCUUGAAUAUCUGAAAACAAAGGCAUUACAAUAAAAAAUGCAGCAAGGAACUUUGCACAUAUUUAUAUUUAUAAAGUAUUUCAAUAAUUUAUAUUAAAGAGUACUAUUUUUACAAAAUCGA